GUUGCCAUGGCAUCUGGACCUAUCAUGUUGGUUCCCAUAUGUUUGGUGGAAAACAAGAAUGAACAUCUGUCCGUGAACCAGAAAGCUGUAAGGAUUCUUAACAAGAUUUCUCAACCCGUGGUGGUCGUGGCCAUCGUUGGGCUGUAUCGUACAGGAAAAUCCUACUUGAUGAACUGUCUUGCAAGAGAAAAGACUGGUUUCCCUCUAGGCUCUACAGUGCAGUCUGAAACCAAGGGCAUCUGGAUGUGGUGUGUGCCUCACCCCUCUAAGCAGAACCAUACCCUGGUCCUUUUGGACACCGAGGGCCUGGGUGAUGUGGAAAAAGGCGACUCUAAGAAUGACUCGUGGAUCUUUGCCCUGGCUGUGCUUCUGAGCAGCACUUUGGUCUACAACAGCAUAAGCACCAUCAACAACGAUGCCUUGGAGAAACUGCAUUAUGUGACAGAGCUCACAGAACUCAUCAGGGCAAAGUCUUCCCCCAAACCAGAUGGAGUAAAAGGUGCCACAGAAUUCGUGAGCUUCUUUCCAGACUUUAUCUGGACUGUGCGGGAUUUUACCCUGGAGCUAAAGUUACACGGUCACCCUAUCACAGAAGAUGAGUACCUGGAGAAUGCCUUGAAGCUGAUUCCAGAUGCAAAUUCCAAAGCUAAAAAUUCCAACACAACCAGAGAGUAUAUCAAGCAUUUUUUUCCAAAACGGAAGUGUUUUGUCUUUGACCGGCCAACACAUGAAAAGGAGCUCCUAGCCUGUAUUGAGGAUAUUUUGGAAAACCAAUUAGAUCCUAAAUUCAAGGAACAAUCAAAUAAUUUCUGUUCUUAUAUCUUCACCAAGGCAAGGACAAAGACCCUCAGGGAAGGAGUCAAAGUCACUGGGAAUCGACUGGGGACUCUGGUUGUGACCUAUGUGGAUACUAUCAACAGUGGAGGGGUUCCUUGUUUGGAGAAUGCAGUGACAACUCUGGCCCAGUGUGAAAACUCAGUGGCCAUGCAGAAGGCAGCUGACCACUACAGUGAGCAGAUGGCCCAGAGAAUAAGAUUCCCCACAGACACGCUCCAGGAGCUGCUAGGUGUGCACACAGCCUGUGAGAAGGAAGCUAUUGCAGUCUUUAUGGAGCACUCCUUCAAGGAUGACCAGCAGGAGUUCCAGAAGAAGCUCAUGGAAAUCAUAAAGAAUAAGAAGGAGGGUUUCUUGCUGCAAAAUGAAGAGGCAUCUGUUAAAUACUGCCAGGCUAAACUUGAUCAACUUUCAAAGGCCUUAAUGGAAUGUAUUUUAGCAGGAACUUUCUCUGUUCCUGGAGGAUACAAGCUCUACAGGAAAGCAAAAGAAAGGAUUGAAUGGGACUAUCAGCAAGUGCCCAGGAAAGGAGUGAAGGCGAAUGAGGUCCUCCAGAGCUUCCUGCAGUCACUGGCAGCAAUAGAGGAAUCCAUCCUGCAGGCAGACAGAGCCCUCACUGAAAGAGAGAAGGCCACAGCAGUGGAGCGAGCCAGGAAGGAGGCAGCAGAGGAGGAACAGGCAUGGCUAAGGCAGCAACUGUGGGAACAGCAGCAGCAGAUGGAGGCUCAAGAGAGAAGCCUGAAGGAAAAUCUAGCCCAACUGAGAAGGAAGCUGGAGUGGGAAAGAGAGAAUGAUCUGAGAGAGCAGAGGAGGAUACUGGAGCACAUGCUGAUGAACCAAGAGGAGCUGCUUAAUGAAGGAUUUAGGAAGAAAUCUGAGGAGAUGAAUGCAGAGAUAAAUCGUCUGAGAAAUCUGAUUGAGACUACAGAAAAGGAUAAAACUCCCUGGAUUGCACGGGCCCUGAACACCCUUGCCACUGAAGCAUCUGCAAUCCUGUCUAUUCCUGCUAAAGUAGUUGGCUGGGGGCUGAAGGGCCUGAGCUCACUGAUUAAAUAG